AUGGACCAUUCUCAUCAUGGUCAUCAUCAACCCGAUUCUACGACAGCAGCUCCCGUAAUGGACCAUGCACAUCAUGGUCAUCAUCAACACGACUCUGCGACCGCAGCUCCAUUAAUGGACCAUUCACAACAUAUGCACCAUGAACAUACCAUGAAGAUGUACUUCCAUUUUGGGUUUGAAGAAGUUAUUUUGUUUGACUUCUGGAGAACAGAUUCUUUUGUUGGUAAGUAGUUUUAUUUCUACUGUUGUCUUUGACAUUAUUAUGCAAAAGUGGUAUUAAUAUUGAUGCUUCUAUUAAUAAAAUUAGACUAAAAUAAUUUAAUCUCACUUUUGUGUAUUUUCUUUUUAGGUAUUCUAUUCUCAUCUCUCAUCAUAUUUAUUAUGGCUGCGUUAUACGAAGGCUUGAAAUGGGUACGUGUAUAUCUCCAAACAUAUGCGAGCAGUAAACAGAAGUGUCAUCAUAUCGAGUUGAAAGAGAAUAACGCUACAACAGAAGACGCCUUAAUCUCCAAGAAUAAUGACAACACGGCGACCUUGAAGUCUGACGAUGUCUACAAAAGCACGGUAACUCGAGAAGCUAGACCGAAAGUGAGGUGAGUCGCAUUAUUGCAAUUUUAGGUAACAAUUAUCGUUUUAUAUAUUUAAAAAAUUUUUUUUUACUUUUUGUCCCACUAUUAACGUUUUCAGAGGUCUCGACCGUUUCCUGAAGCACAUCGAUGUCCACAAUCCUUCGCCGUUCUCAUCGUUUCGUCUUCUACAAACAUUUCUCUACUGUCUUCAACUGACCGUCGCUUAUUGGCUUAUGUUGAUUGCCAUGACCUACAACGUCUACUUGACUGCUAUGGUCGUGAUUGGAGCUGGAUUCGGCCACUGGCUGUUUGCUCUAAUCCAGAUUCAACCGUCGCUGGCGGAGAAACAAGAUGCCUUUGCAUCAGAUGCAUGCCAUUGA